GAACCCAAACAGGAAGUUCCCUGCCUGCAGUUUCCGUGUACCGCUCAUGGUUUUCCAUUAAUGCUAUCCUACAAAUUUCUUCCAGAACAUAGUAAUUUUUUUUUUCUACGCUUACAAUAAAUAGAUUUUGAAAAAGUACUCAAAUGACUUGGAUUAUACGCGGGCUAAUUAGGCUCAGUUGCCUCGCUGGUAACAACUGUUUUGCUGACGAUAGCUACACUACAGGUGACUACACUACAGGCCGAGGUAGCUCCGCUUCUAACUGGAGGACGUGGUUAAGCGUCAGAAUCAGUUAGCUUCACAAUCGCAGCGUGGGUUAAACUUGCUCAUCUGGGAUCGGCGACUGUUUUCUGUGUCUUCCCGCCCCUUUGCUCCUCGUUCCGCGAUGGAUGACGGCGCGAGAGCCUCGGUGACGCAGCUCGUGCUGCUGGCCACGAGCUCCGCGCUCACGGCCGCGUGCUACUGCGUGUACAGGAUGAGGUCACACACCGCGUCCCGCCUCCAGGAAGCAAAAAAAUUGUCCAUCGAUCAGGAUUUGAAGAAGAUCCUUUCAGCAUCACCGGGAAAGUGUGUUCCAUAUGCAGUAAUUGAAGGUGUUGUGAGAUCUGUGAAAGAAACACUUAACAGUCAGUUUGUGGACAGCUGUCAAGGAGUAAUUCAGAGGUUGAACUUGCGAGAACAUAAAAUGGUAUGGAAUCGGACAACACAUCUCUGGAAUGACUGUGAGAAAAUCAUACAUCAGCGUACCAAUGCGGUUCCCUUCGACUUGGUCAGCCACGACGACAGCGUGGCUUCCAGGGUGAGGGUCAUACGACCUCUCGAUGCAGCCGAGCUGGAACUGGAGAUCACUUAUGAGAACUUUCACCCUGUGAACCAGUCGUUCACAGACGCCAUCGGCCACUUCAUCAGCGGCGAGCGCCCAAAGGGCAUCAAGGAGACAGAGGAGAUGUUGCGCUUGGGGGAGUGCGUGACAGGGGUGGGAGAGCUGAUUCUGGAACACAACCUGAUUCGGUUGCAGCCUCCUAAACAAGGCCUGCAGUACUUCCUCAGCCGUUUGGACCAUAAAUCUUUGCUGACAAAGCAACGGUCUUCGGCCAGGUUGUGGAAGGUUCUCACAGUUAUUUUUGGCAUUGCCACUUGUGCUGUCCUCUACUUUAUCCUAAAGAGGCAGUACGCACACUACAGGGAGAAGCGCAAAAGGAAGAACAUCGAGGACGAGUUCAGGGAGUUUCAGAGGAAGAGGCAGCAUGAGCUGAACUUGCCAGAGGAGGCCAUGUCCCCCAACACCUGCAUUAUCUGCCUGAGCUGCGAGCGCUCCACUGUCUUCCUGGAGUGCGGCCACGUCUGCUCCUGCGAGAAGUGCUACCACCUGCUACCUGUCCCAAAGAAGUGUCCCAUCUGCAGGAGCACCAUCGAUAGGGUCGUUCCUUUAUACAACAGUUAACGGGGUGGUG